UGCCUGUCAAAAAAGUGCCGGUUCAUUUCAUAGCGGAAAGCCAGACAAAGGAGCAAACAAUUUUCGUAUAAAUUUAUUAACUACUAUUUACCCAAAAUGUCGACCUGGAUACCGUUGGAAUCAAACCCCGAGGUAUUAACCAAGUAUAUACAUAAGCUAGGCGUGUCGCCUGCCUGGUCUCUGAGUGACGUCAUAGGACUAGAUGACGAAAUGCUCGAAUGGAUUCCGCGACCCGCGAAGGCUUUGAUUUUACUCUUCCCAAUCACCGAUACCUACGAGAAACACCGCUUGGAGGAGCAUGAGCGCAUCAAAAUGACGGCUGAGACGGAGAAGCACCCGGCCGAUCUUUUCUAUAUGCGUCAAAUAACCCACAAUGCUUGUGGAACUGUGGCCCUCAUACAUAGCGUGGCUAAUAACAAAGAUGUUGAUAUAGCCAACGGCGUGCUUAAGAAUUUUCUAAAGAAAGCCCAAACCCUGUCGCCCGAGGAACGUGGCGAAGCAUUGGAGAAGGAUGAAGACUUUACGGCCGGACAUCAGGAACUGGCUCAGGAGGGUCAAACUAAUGCCGACGAUCACAUGAAGACUAUUCAUCAUUUCAUCGCGUUCGUCAACAAAGACGGCCUACUUUACGAAUUGGAUGGGCGCAAGUCGUUCCCCAUCCAACAUGGCAAAACCUCUGAAGAGACUUUUAUACACGAUGCUGCCAAAGUUUGCAAGGAAUUUAUGGCCCGUGAUCCUAAUGAUAUGCGUUUUACCAUCAUGGUGCUGGCGGCCGCUCAGGAUUAGAACGAACGGUCAGAGUCCCACCGAUCUAAACAAUGAUCUCUGAUCUGUCAUAUACGAGUACUACACAAUAUAUAUUAAUUUAAAAGCGCUUGAAGCCCCGCUUUUAAAUAUCCUCAUAACAUAAUGCAUAAAUUAAACACAUGUAUUGGGAAUAUUCAGAUUUGUUAUUAAAGACUAAAAUGCUUUGCUGUGCAACUAAA